AGCCGGGGCCUGCCUUUGCUAUUGUGUCUGCUGCUGUAUGUUGUUGUUUGGAUCUAGAGCCCACAGCUGAUGGAUAUUGAGUAAAUGAGUUUGAAUACUCCAAGUCAGGAGGGAUUCACAGCAUUGGACUCAUUUCUUGCCUUAGUAACAUCUGUGAAAAGAACGAGGCACCAAAAUAACCUGACCAGAAAAGAACCAGAGAGAGGGUCAGGAAGUGAGUUCAGAGCUUAUCAAGAGUCUGUCAGCUGCUGCCGUCUCAAACCAUCUCUCAACAAGACCUUCACAUAAGACUACUCCAACACAAUGGAAGGCACCAAAACCUCUCUCUGGCUGUUUCUACUGCUCAGCCAGCUGCUGCUCUGCCCUACCGAUGCAAACCAAGACCUUUCAACCACGCAGCCAAAUCUGCACGCAACAGAAAGCCAAGAAAGCAGCUUGACCACUUCUGUGGAGCCGAGCCUCGCUACCAAUGGCCACACAAACCCACCUGAAAUCGACAUGAAUGGCACCCGUGCCGACUGCCUGAUCGACACAGAGAUGGGUCUGAUUGCUAUAGGUUCAGCAGGGGGGCUGAUUGUCUGCCUGCUAGUGGCUGUUGUGGUAUUGGCAUGCCAGGUCUACAUCCUUCAGCGCCGACAUUAUGCCCCAAGACACUCCGGUGGUGCGGGCUACUGGGAUGUUGUCCAGUCGGAGGAUGGAGGACUUGUUGGGCCAUGUGAUUCCAGUAUCAUGCUCGAGGAGAUAAAAGAAGAGGGCAAGAUGGAGGAAGAGAGGCAGGCAAGCGAAGAGGCUGGGGCAGAACAAGUGGCUUUACUUCCUCAAGAGAAUACCAGUCAGAUGCAGAGCACCAGCUCCAGGUACUCCAGUCUGGAGGUUCCAAGGGAUUUAGAGAACAUGCCCCUUGUUGUGUGAGGAGGUAAACCCAUGUUGGUAAUCCCCAGGCCCACACUUCAUUUAGACAAGCAGCAACCAGUCAGUUCAGCUCCGUUUAUUUCUCCAGUUUAUUUCCCUCACUUAACUUUACUUAAACCUCAGUAAAAUGCAAGGCUUAUAGAAUACCAGGUUUAUAGUACCCUUACUGGAAACGUUUUACUUUUAAAUUACCAUCAGGAAGAUUACAAUUCUGACAAUACAUUCAAUAUCAGUGUUGGGUAAUUAGAAGUUUUACUCUAAAGUUUUAAAGACAUUUGGUCAGUACGAAGUGAUAGUAAUGUGUAUACAUAUGACGCUUCCAUGGGAAUCUUUUCAAAAUGUCUAUACCAUUUUUAAUUUUUAAGUCAAGUCAAUUACCGUAAUUCUCGGACUAUAAGGCGCACCUGAAUAUAAGCCGCAGCAGCGGCAUACCACUCUCGGUUCCACUUUUACUUUUGCGCGC